GUUUGUGAAUCUGUGUUGUAAAUUGUAAGUGCUGUGGCCUGUUAGGUUGCUCCUGUGCAAGAACUGAGAUAGGACUCUUUGUAGCUCCUUGUGAGUAUAGUAUUCGUUGCUUUGUAGUUUGUACUUUGUGGUGUAUUGUGGACUUGUGGUGGUACGGUGUCAACACGUAACAUGUCUGAAAAGAAGUGUUGUGUUCCUGGCUGCAUAGAAUCUGGCGGGUCUCAUCGAGUUCUGCAUUUAUUUCCUAAUCCAGAAAAGGAGAGGGAGCGUUUCAAUGCAUGGCUGAUGGUCAUUGGUGGUGAUGUUUUGGACUUGGAAAAUGAUUAUAUUUAUCGACGACGCCGAGUGUGCCACGCUCAUUUUGAAGAGAAAUAUUGUUGCCAUUUCGAUCGGAUCAGCAACAUAGCAGUACCAACCCAGCGUAUGCCAGAUCCCUUAGGACUUUCAAAAACAUCGUUUUUCUUAAAAGAAAGAAGGCCAUCGACUUUGACACAACAGUCAUCAGAGUGCUUACCAUCAACUUCAAGAGAUACUGUUCUUGAUGUAGCUAUGCAAGCUGUCGAUAAAGAAAAUAUUCCGACAAAUACAAUGGGUUGUAGUAAAAAAUCAGAACAGAUAUUGAUUCAUAGUGAUACUGUUCUUGAUGUAGCCAUGCAAGCUGUUGAUAAAGAAAAUAUUCUGACAAAUACAAUGGGUUGUAGUAAAAAAUCAGAACAGAUAUUGAUUCAUAGUGAUACUGUUCUUGAUGUAGCCAUGCAAGCUGUCGAUAAAGAAAAUAUUCCAACAAAUACUAUGGGUCAUAAUAAAAAAUCAGAACAGAAAUCAAUGUGUAAUGAUCGGAAAAAGAAGCAAGGCAUGACUAUGGUUGAACAGGAAUUAUAUCAUGAACUUGUAAGAUUGAGAGUUAAAUUGAGUAAAUUGAAAAACAAAAUGAAGGCACAAUCGGCGAUGCUUAAAACAGGUAGAAAUAUUACUUCUAAUGAAAAGUUCCGAAAGUUAAUUGAAGAUUUGCCAUGUGCUGCAAGAUUGCUGACCAUGAUGCAGUUUCGAGAAAUAAAAAAAAAAGACAAAGGCCGGCGUUUUACCCUUGACGAAAAAAUAUUAUCCUUGGCUAUAUUUAAACAGAGUGCAAAAUCAUAUUGUUUUUUGAGAAAAAUGUUAAUUUUGCCAGCACCGCAAACACUAGUAAAGUUGCUUGAACAAAUCAAAAAAUUAACAAUAUAAAACAAUUCAUUAAAACAUUAAUUUUUGUAAAUAUUGAUUUCCAAUUUAUUAACUGUGAAACCCAUAAAGAAACUUUAAUUUGACUUUUUAAUAAAUUUGUCAUCUAGAUUUUUCAUACAUCAUUACUGUAAAAAUAUUACUUAAUAAAAUUUUAAGCUGUAAAAACGAUUGUGAUGAUGACGAAGACACCAACCAAUUAAGGACGCUAUCACAUUUUUUCACAAAUAUCAGCGAU